GCUAUAGGCCAUUUGGGGCAGGGGGCGGGCAGACCUCCUGGGACGGCCCCGGAAGUGGUCGUGCGGAGAAGAGCUAGGGAAGAAGCGGGCGAGCCAGCUCAUUUGGCUGCCGCUGGCCGCCGGGGUAAGACGCCUUCUUCCUCCUCUCCGAGAGCCUGGCCCAUUCUAUCCGAUUCGGUCAACAUGGAUUUCAGGGAAAUUCUCAUGAUAGCUUCUAAAGGACAAGGAACCAACAGCGUACCGAAAAGGUAUAGUUUGGCAGUGGGUCCUGCCAAAAAAGACCCAAAAGUUAAGGGUGUCCAGUCAGCAGCUGUACAAGCGUUUCUCAGAAGAAAAGAGGAGGAGCUCAGACGAAAAGCCUUAGAGGAAAAAAGGAGAAAAGAAGAACUAGUGAAAAGGCGAAUUGAGUUAAAACAUGACAAGAAAGCAAGAGCUAUGGCCAAGAGGACAAAGGACAAUUUUUAUGGUUACAAUGGGGUUCCUGUUGAGGAAAAGUCAAAGAAAAGACAGGCAAUGGAAAGCCAUGGUCAGGGAACAGACCAAGAGUAUGAGAUGGAAGAAGAGGAAGAGUUCUUAGAAUACAAUCAAGCAGCAUCAGAGCAGGAGUAUGAGGAAGAGCAAGAACCUCCUCCCAAAGUUGAAAGUAAACCAAAGGUCCCCCUUAAAAGUGCCCCACCACUCAUGAACUUCACUGACUUACUCAGGCUGGCUGAGAAAAAGCAGCACGAACCAGUGGAAAUCAAGGUGGUGAAGAAAACAGAAGAGCGGCCUAUGACUGCACAAGAACUUAGGGAGCGAGCAUUUCUGGAACGAAGGCAUAGGAAAAAGGAACCUGAGGCAGAUGCAAGACUACCUCCAACCAAAAAGGCACCCUCUCAGACAGAAAGUAUGGGCACAAAACCUAGCAGAGUUUCUGGGAACAAGCAUCCUUUUUCCAAGGGUACUCCCCUUCCUCGUGAUGAGAAGAAAUCCAGACCCAGCGCAGCUAAUGAGAAACAUUUAGGUUUGUUUUCAUCCAAAUCCAUGCCAGGAGAGAGGACCAAAGCAGGAUCUAGCAACUGCUCCCAACCCUCGCUUCGGAAGGACCAUGACAGGCCUGCUUUCAAUGGGGCUGGAAAGACCCACUCGAGCACCUAUUCACCAAGUGUUCCAAAGACUUCUGCUAAAGGGAUGCAGAAAUCUGUUACUGAGCACAAAGCCAAAAAAUCUCCUCCCCAUCCUACCCAUUCCAGACCUGGACCCGUGGUUACCCCACAUAAGGCUAAGAGUCCAGGUGUCAUGCAGCCAGGCAGCAGUUCCAGCCCAGCUCCUGGGCGGCCCAGCACAGUGAGUGUUCGGCCUACAGUUAGUUCUGGCUCUGUGCCCAAGCGACAGGAUGGCAGCUCCAGCUCAGGACCUGAGCGAUCAGUCAGUGGGACCAAGAGGCCAGCCAGUGACUCAAAUCCUCCUGGAAGGACAGGUGGCUCUGGACCACCCAUCAGUGGCUCAGGUGGUUCUGGGAAGUCAGUGGUCAGCUCUGGUGGCCCUGGGCGGCCUGUGCACAGUCCAUAUGACCGAGGACCAAUGAGUGGCUCAGUGCCCCCCAGGCGGUCAGUCAGUGGCCCGGGGCGAUCAGUAAGUGGCUCAGUUCCAGCUGGACGGACUGUCAGUAGUUUAGGCCCAGGAAGACCAGUGAGCAGCUUGGGACCUGGGCGAAUAGUUAGUAGCUCAGGUCCCCCCCAUAAGCCCAAAUGCACUGUUGUCUCAGAAACAAUAUCUUCUAAGAAUAUCAUUACCCGGCCCAGCAAUGGACAGAUGAAUGGAGUGAAGCCUUCCUUGGCUGGCCACAGAUCUGCCCAAGGUCCUCAAAGGCUUCCCUUCCCUAGUGGUUACAAAAGACAGCGAGACUAUGAAGAGGAGGAAGAGGAGGACUAUGACUCUGAAAUGGAAGAUUUUAUCGAAGAUGACGGAGAAUCUCAGGAAGAAAUAUCCAAGCACAUUCGCGAAAUCUUUGGCUAUGACCGAAAAAAGUACAAAGAUGAAAGUGAUUAUGCCUUACGUUACAUGGAGAGUAGUUGGAAAGAACAGCAGAAGGAAGAAGCAAAGAGUUUAAGACUAGGUAUGCAAGAGGACUUAGAGGAAAUGAGACGGGAGGAAGAAGCAAUGAAAUGCCGAAAGGUCAAGAAGCUGAAAAGACAUUAGCUGCUGCUUUUAUUUAUUUUUGUGAAACUCUGGAGACACUCUACUGCAAAGAAGUCCUGCCUUCAGACUGAAGAAGCCCAUUCUCAUUUUAGAUUUAUACUUGGGUCCUCAAGGACAAGGAAUGGAUAUUGUAUAUUUUGAGCAUAAAGUAUUUUCAAAUACUUUCUGGGGUGAAAUCUGUAGUGCAGAUGACAUAAUGCCCAGUGAGUGCUCUUAGGAAGUUAACUGCUCACAGGUUCCGGCCUUGAUCCUGAUGAGCUAUGCACUCUAAUGUGGGCCCACUCAACAGUCAGCCAAUCUUCUUUUGUUCCCUAGCUAUUUUAAAAAGGAAAAAAGAUUGCUUCUUGACUUCCAUAAUUCUGUUGAUGGGUGAGUAGGGCAAAGGCUGGCUCCCAAUCAAACUUAUUUUGUCUUUUGAUGAGAAAUCUGGCCCUUCCAUGAAUGUUGCCAGCAAUAAAGUGACCUGUUCUAAUCUAUAUGUUUGGAUUGAGAACUUGAAAAUGUAGAGUAGGCUUUAUAAUUAUAUGGAUGUCAUCUCUGUGACUUUGAAGUAAAAAGUAGAAUAAAUUAUAUUGUAUUCUAUAUUCAUGGAUUGGAUGCUGAGCAUUCUUAUUCACUGAUUUAGGUGAUUAGGCAAUAAACCAAAAAAAUUUCAAUUUAAAAAACAAGCUAUGCCAUUUGGUAUAAGAAUAUUCUUUUCCAAGUUUUCCUUUCAGAUUUAUUAUAAAAUAGACAAUGUUACUGUGCUGAAUUUUAUCUAAAAAGUCAUUUUAUAUUGAAGAAAAAAUAUUUUAUU